ACGCGUGCUCUCUGCAAUUCAGAGACACUGCAAACAUUUCCCCCAAAUUAGAUGCUGGGAAAGCGCGGCCGCCAAACUUUCCGACGAACAACUACCAUGAACGAAAUCGACGUCGAUGUAGGAGCGACGGAUUCGACGAUCGGCGGAAGGAGGAGAGGAUGCGAUGACGUUUUAUCGCCGAGGUACUUUAGGAGCAGUUAUUAUUCUUCCGAUAUGGAGACGGCGGAUUUCUUAACAAGCUGCAGCCUCUGCAACCGCCGUUUGUCGCCUGGUCGUGAUAUCUACAUGUAUAGGGGAAACUCUGCAUUUUGUAGCAUUGAAUGUCGAGAACAACAAAUGAAUGAAGAUGAAAGAAAUGAACGGCUUGCCGCGGCGGCCAUGGCGGUUGUUAAAGGCGGUGAAAGCCAUAGCCUCGAAUUGACCGCCGCCGUGCCAGAAGCGGAGACUGCGGCCGCAGCUUGACCAACACUAUUAUGCAUUUAUCUAUAUAUAUAUAUAUAUCUUUUUAGGCAUAGUGCAUGUAAUAUAUAUAUAUAAUUAAAUUUUUAUAUUUGUCACAGUAUAUAUUGAGUAUUAAUUAAUAAUAAAUGAGCCUUUCUUUCGUU